UCGCCCUGUUCUGCUCUCUUUUAAGGCAGAACCCUCUCUCUCUCUCUCUCUCUCUCUCUGAAUCAUGGAUUCUGAUGGAUGCUUCGGUUGCAAACAAAGAAUCACGGAGAUCGGAGACACCCAAGAGUCUCUCACACCAUCUCCCCCGUCACUGCAAUCGUCCACUCCUCUUUAUCCCCAGGAAAAUAAAGAAGAGCAAGGGAUUGCUGAGAACAAGAAGCUGAGCUUCCUUCCUGACUCCAAGAAGGCAAGCUGUUCUCAUCUUGAGGCAUCUCAGAUCAUAACUGAAGAAAAUCAAGAACUGGAUUUUACUUCUUUUGCUCGACAAAGUCGAGAAGUGUUGGGUUCUUUGGUUUCUGGUAAUGGGGGUUUGAGGAAAAUGGUCGAGGAUUUUGGUCAAGGCGUGGAAAAGAUUGAGGAUUUCAAAGGAAAGCACGAAAAGGUUGGUUCUGUGAAGGGUGAGGAUGAAGAGAGUUUCAAAGAAAGCUCUUCGUCUGGUUUUACUGAAAAGAAAGAGGAGGCCUUUGUGAUAAACGAAGUGGGUGCCGAGGUGGGCUCUUCUGUUAAAGAAGUUAACGACGAAUCGCCAAAAGAAAUGGAAUCUCGAAGUCUCUUGGAAGUGAAAAAGAAACAACUUUUGGAGGAGCUUGAAGUUGUGUUGAUGGCUGAAGAUAAAACGCAUUCGGGAAAAGUCUCUGAUUUUGAGGGUUCUUUGAAGAUUGAAGUAAUCGAUCAAACGGCAUUGAUUAAAUUCAAUGACCACUGUGCAGGGAGGAAAGAGAACAAGGAUGUGAAACAAGAAGUGGAUGGAAAGAAGGUGAGGAGGUCACGUAGAAAGGCUAAAAAGGAUUUCGAGUUGAAUGGGAGGCCCAAGAAUGUCCUUGUGAAGGGUCAAAAUGAAAAUGGGUGUAGAAACAAUGGGGAUGGAACCAAGAAGGUAUACUCGAGGAAGGAGAUGGAGGCCCUGAGGUUUGUAAAUAUUGUAGAGCAACGGGAAAUCUGGAAAGAGAUAUACAACAUGCUCGGGGCUGCUGUUGCGAGGGAGUACGAUGACUUGGCAAGCUCUAAGAAUCAGAAGCAUAUCCACUUGAAUCUUGAUCCUCGGCCUCGCUUCGCGAAGAAGGAAGGGGCCCCUGCGAUUCUCAGGGAAGCAUGUGCUGAAAAUAUGGAUUGUGGCCUUAUAAGCAUGGAAAAUAAUGAAACAGAGAGUCUGUUUCUCGUGGAUCCCUCUUGUUGUCCGAAUGUUAGUGAUGGAGAUGGCUACACAGGUCUAGAAAAAGAGAACAGUGAAGAUGAUGACAGUGAUGAAGAUUUUGCAAGCAUACAGAAACCUGCCUUUUCAGUUGAAGGAGAACCCAAUUUUGAGUCUGGUCCUCCAGAAGAUGGAUUAGAAUAUUUGAGGCGUGUUAGGUGGGAAGCUGCUCAGAUUCCAAAAGUGAAGGUAGCCAAGUUUGAUGGGAGUAAAUUUAACAAAGAACAGAGUGUUUAUAUGCCCCAGAUUCCAGAUAUUGCCCAGUGUCCUGAACAUCUACUACCAUUGAAACAAUGGGAGGAUUCAUUUCUUGCUGAUUUUUCAGAGCUACGGCUGGCCCUGUCACGUCUUGAAGGUUCUAGUGAAAAGCUGCAAUCUUUGGAUAAUAUUCACAAAACUUUGGAUACCGACACUGUCCAUUCAAAUCAGUCUCAUGAUUCUUCCAGGCCUCAAUGUACUGUCGAUGACCCAUCAAUAUUUACUGCUGAAGAUGUUGAGAACUCUCAACCUUUGGGAUACCCAAAGACUCUUGCUGAAAAUUCCGGCCCUUUCUUGUCUGUGAUUUUAAGAAUGGACUCGGUAACUCGAGUUUCAACAUUGAGAAAAUGCAUAAGCUCAGUAGAGAACAUGAAUGCUCUGUCAAGAAAUGAUUGUUUGUGGCUGUUUGCCCUAUGUGCUGCUGUUGAUACUCCGUUAGAUGCUGACACUUGUGCUGCCCUUCGGAGCAUGCUUCGGAAGUGCGCUACAUUGCGAGCUGUGAAGACUGAACUUGACGAUGAGGUUGUAAUGCUAAAUAUUCUGGCCACAGUUGCAGGCAGGUAUUUUGGGCAGUCAGGAAGGUGAAAUGUCCUGGUAACUAUUAUCUGUUUUGCUAAUCAUAAAAGUUUGUUGAGCAAACUGAGACUUAAGGCAAUUAUUAUAAAAGUUUUCUCCCAUGCAAGAAGAUAUAAACAUCCAAACUCCUAAACUAACCCUCCAAAAUUUCCUAAGUUUCACCAAUAUAUUGCAGUUAGGCGGAUUGGUUUUCUCAU